GAGGGUGAAUGAAGUUCAGAAGCUUUGGUAACCUUCUGGCACUUUGGAGUGGAUUCCAGUCAGGACAAAUGUGAGGCCUGGAGCAGGCGACUGCACGUGGAUUGUGACAGCUUUUUAGUUUGGGAUGCAUCAUUGAUAUGCCUCUGCUCCUGAACUGACCACUCAUUGUUACUGGUAAAAAACAAACUCCUAUGAGAAUAAGAGGAUGCCACAACACAGUGUGCUGAGGAUAUGCCGCAUUCUGCUACUGGUACCCUGCAUUUUUUCCAGCGAGGACUUUGACUGGACCAAGAACGAAAAGGGAUCAUUUCAGUAUGGAACAUUUCCUUCAGGAUUCUCUUGGGGUGCUGGCAGUUCAGCAUACCAAACAGAGGGAGCAUGGGAUAAAGAUGGAAAAGGAAAGAGCAUCUGGGAUGUGUUCUCCCACAAGAGAGGGAAAAUAGACCGGAAUGACACUGGUGACUCAUCCUGUGAUGGCUAUUAUAAAAUCAAGGAUGAUGUCUCACUGAUGAAAGACAUGAAGCUGAACCACUAUCUCUUCUCCAUCUCCUGGCCAAGGAUACUGCCCAGUGGCAUUAAAACUGACUACAUCAAUGAGAAAGGGAUAGAGCACUAUGAUAACAUGAUUAAUAUGCUUCUGGAGAACAGAAUCACGCCGAUUGUGACCCUCUACCACUGGGACUUACCUCAGGUUCUAGAGGAGAAAUAUGGAGGUUGGCAAAAUGAAAGUAUGAUCAACUUCUUCAACGAUUUUGCCAACCUGUGCUUUGAGAGAUUUGGCAAUCGAGUCAAAUACUGGAUCACCUUCAACAAUCCUUGGUCUGUUGCAGUAGAGGGUUAUGAGACUGGAGAACAUGCUCCUGGUCUGAAGAUGAGGGGUACUGGUGCCUAUAUUGCUGCCCACAACAUCAUUAAGGCUCAUGCUAAGGUCUGGCACACAUACGACGCCCAGUGGCGAAACAAGCAGAAAGGUAUGGUGGGCAUCUCCCUGUCAGCCGACUGGGGAGAACCAGUGGAUGUCACCAAUCAGAGAGAUAUAGAAGCCGCUGAAAGAUAUGUUCAGUUCUACUUGGGAUGGUUUGCCACGCCACUCUUUAAUGGAGACUAUCCUCAAAUAAUGAAAGACUACAUAGGUAGGAAGAGUGCCCAGCAGGGCCUGAGUAGCUCUCGCCUGCCAACUUUCAGUCCUAACGAGAAAAGUUUCAUCAGAGGCACUUGUGACUUCCUUGGCAUCAGCCACUUCACCACACGCUACAUCACACAAAAGAACUUUCCCUCCAACCGUGGAAACAGCUACUUCACUGACCGUGACCUGGCUGAGCUGGUGGACCCACAGUGGCCUGACCCUGGAUCAGAGUGGCUCUAUGCUGUGCCGUGGGGCUUCAGCCGUCUGCUCAGCUUUGUAAAGACACGGUAUGGAGACCCCAUGAUUUACGUGACAGGAAAUGGAGUAUCAGAGAAGAUGAUGUGCACAGAACUGUGUGAUGACUGGAGAAUGCACUACUUCAGGGAUUACAUAAAUGAAAUGUUGAAAGCGGUUAAAGAUGGAGUUAAUGUGAAAGGCUACACAGCUUGGUCGCUGCUUGACAAGUUUGAGUGGGAUGAGGGCUACUCUGAAAGAUUUGGCCUGUACUAUGUGGAUUUUGGGAGCAAAAAUAAACCACGCUACCCAAAAGCAUCAGUUCAGUACUACAAGCGCAUCAUCAGCUCGAAUGGUUUCCCCAAUCAGAGAGAGAUUGAAAGCUGGAAAAGAAUGGCUCUGGAAACAUGCACCUCAAGUAACCAGCUCCUUGCGGCAGAUCCACUGAUCAGCCACAUGGAGAUGGUCACAGAGAUCGUCGUCCCCACUGUGUGCACUCUCUGCAUUCUCCUCAGUGCAGUUUUUCUCAUGUUUCUGCUGAGAACACGAAUAUUAAACUGACUGCCUCACAUUUAGACGACUAUAUUUAUUUUUCACAUUGCAUGUGUCCCAGCAUUUCUCUUUUUUAUUGAUUAUUAUGAAUAAUUAUGAUAUGCAGAGACUUGUUUAUAUGUACCUUGAAAUAAAAUGGUCCACAAAUGCA